AUGACUGCAUUUUUAGAGGAAAUUCAUUUUAUCUUAAAAAGAGGUGUUAGAAUAAAUGAUCAUUUCUUGACAUUAUUACAAUUAAUUAAUAUUGCUAAAGAGUUGUUUACCACUUUAAUUAAAUACACUCCAUCAUAUAUUGACGAUUACUUGGAUAUGCAUAAUAUUGAAAUGUGUGCAAUGAAACUCAGUAAACAAGGUUUGACUGGUCAAAAAAUUAUUGAUUCAAUCAUUUUUGAAGUUGCAGACAAUCCACUUAGUGAUAAAGUCAUUCAUUGGUUAACUAAAAUACGAGAUUUGAAUCAUUGUUAUUCAAUUUGUUUGGAUGUACUUUCAGACAGUGUUAAAGGGGAUGGUGUGCUUCAAGAAUUAAGAGGUCAGGUGGUUGUUCCAUUAUAUUUUGCAUCUGUUCUUCAAGGACUAAUUGAUGUUGAUACUACUAUCACGAGGGAGUAUGUUCAUCGUGUAAUUGAUUUGACAGUGUCUGAUGCAUUGAUGGUGUCUCGAUGCUCAGCACCAUUAGUGAUUGUUCAUGAAGCAGAACGUUUAUUAAGAGAAACACGACCAGAUAUUGCACGAGCAUUACGUGGAGAAACACCUACAAGUACACCAGCAUUGAAAGAAUUUAAAGGGAUAGAAGUAACAUUACAACUCCUUUCUUCAAAACAAGAAUUAUCAGAAUUGUUCUAUCAAUCAUUAUUUGAUAUUUUUCAACCAAUGCCAAUAUCAUUAAUUGAAGCUAUAACUUAUAGUUGUUUAAAAUGUGAAAAUAGAAGAUGUUUAGAAAAUAUUCUUGGAAAAGAAUUACCUCAUGACUAUGGCGAAUUAUUUGAUAUUCUUUCUGAAUUAUUACCAAAGAAGACUCCAUCCAAAAGUUAUAUCACUAUUCAAACAAUUAAUGACUUUUGGAAAAUACAACAUUUCUUUGAUAAACGAUUACCUGCAUUGAGAGAUUCAGCACGAAAUAAAGAUCAUAAUGGUCAACUAAUGUUAUACAUCACUAAGAAACAACCACAUAGCAUUGUUGCUUAUUUACAUCAUGAGUUUCUCUUAAAGUUCAUUCCAACUAUUCCAAAAAAUCAUAUUUUAUUUGACACUGAUUUUUCUAAAAUUCUACAAGACGAAUUAUGGGGAAAUCAAACACCUCCAGUCAAUUCAAAUAAACAAGCAUUACAAUCUCUUGUUUCAUUACAAUCAUUAUUACCAAUUUCUAAUUAUUUGAAAGAUUCAUUUAUUCAAAGACUCUUAGAAGCAGAAGAAACAGAAUUAGUUUUGUCAUGUCUUCUCCACCCAUUCUAUUUUAUCACUUUUGCAUUAGACAAUCCAAUAACUCUUCAUAUAAACCAUUCAACACAUUAUGUAGAAACACACUCAUUCCAUUUCAUAAAAGAAGAUGUUUUGAAUCAAAUUAAACUAAAAUUCAAUCAAAACCCAUUGAAAUACAUAAGAGUUCUUGUUGCUUGUCUCCCACAAUUCAAACCAAAUGAUCUUUACUCAAUUUAUCAAAUAAGUCUUAAUGUUCUUGGUGGACGAUCUGAUUCAAUUCUUGUACAAUACAUCCAGGCAUCAGUGUCUGCAAUGUUGUCAGUCUGUCCUGAAUAUUCAACACCUCCACCACAUUCUAUCAUGUCAGUUAUUGCUUUUGAACAUUCGUUAGUUUUUAUUUCACAAUCAUUAUUAUCUCCAGCAACAAGAGCAACCAUUGUUCAAGAGCUUCAUGAAGUUCUUCAAGGGGUU